GCAGGCUGUGGAGUGGAGAGACUGUGACACUAUUGGCAGAGUCACUCGUGCCGCGUGGUGAUAGAUAUUCUUGAGGUAGACCCUCUCAAAAUGGCCGCCGUCCUUGGACCCAGUGGGAUCAAAAUGGCCGCCGUCCUGGUACCCAGUGGGAAGAAGAGACAGUACCAAUCUGGGCCCCUCUAUACUUCCCUCAGCGGGACGUUCUUCGUGGAGUACCAUUUCCCUGCAGGCAGUAUCUAGUCGAGGAGGGAGAGGGAGAAAGGGAGGAGGAGUGUUCCCCCCUCCACACGAGGUCGUGAGAGUGGCCUCCAGGAAGAUAAAGAAUAAAGUUGUUCGUUUUGGGCAUCGCUCGGUGUUUGCAGUGAGUCUCGCUGGUCCUGUGACCAGACAGUGGUGGCACGAUGUUCUCAUCUUCAACGUGUACUAUCGACCUCCUACGGAUAGAGCUCCGUGUCUGGUUGGGAAGGCGAGGGUGCCGUUUCGUCAGUGGCUGAUGGCUGGAGCUUCAUCUACCGUGGUGGCUCUUGUUACCACCUCGGGUCUGGGGGCAAAGAGAGAUGAGGAUGGUGAUAGAGCUGACGCCGAUGAAGAUAUUAUUGGGAAGCUAACGGUGUGUCUGCAGUUGCUGUGUGGAAAGGGAGCUGAUCGUGAGGUUCUCAGUGCAGAGCCUCCUACAGUGGCCAGAGAGCCAGAGGUUGACAGAGGAAGCGAGAGAGAGAAAGACACAGCUAGAGAAACCUCAGCAGCGAGGGAGAGAGAAAGUGAAAUAUUGGGUGCCGCCCCUCCAAUUAGAGUAACAGAAUCACAGACAGUUUCUGCAAAAGAUAUCGACAGGGUGUCCUCACGGGCACUACAACUGCUCCUGAUGGUACCAGAGGCCACUGACACGACUCUGCCACGUCAGUCACCACCACCCACGUCUCCCUCUUCCCCCAGAGAUCUAGCCCCCAACUGCUACCUCGUCUGUCGGCUGUUUUGUACCAGCCCACACCCUAAAACACCCACCAUCUGGGCCUCGAGUCGCCCCCAGUUCAACUUCAAGCAGGUGUUUCCACUCUAUCUCACUCCCUCGCUUCUGGACCAAGUGUGCAAUAACUUUACAGUGGUGGAGGUGUGGCAUAAGACACCAGGAGUCAACACAAACGAUGAGUUGCUGGGUCUGGUGAAACUGUCCCUGCACCAGUUCUACCUGGCCUUCUCCGAGGACUCCUCUGCCUCCCUCUGUCUUCAUGCUCAACUCCCAGUUGUGGCAGUUGACAGCUACUGCCCUGUGAUCAGUCCGUUUACUGGUAACGAACAGGGGCACCUCGCAGUUCUACUAGCAAUGGGAUCGGCGCAACAGGUAACAGAGAUACAGCAACAGUUUGCUGCCGGAAACUACAAACUCCACAGACCGUUCAGCAAGGCCCAGACGUUGCCGCACCCACUCAGUCCUAUACACCAUACAUUUACAGUGACGGUGAGCGGUGUGCGUGGGUUGUCAGUGUUCAGCAACACCGUGUGGGGAGAGGCAGACUGCUUUGUUGAGUACCACUUCCCCAGUCUCACCAAACAACCACACAGCAGAGAGGGAGGGGGAGACGAGAGGGAUAGAGUGGAUUCAGGGCCUGAAGUAUCGCUCCAGUUGGUGCGGACGGACAUGACGCUGUGUGUCCCAAACCCCGCCUUCUCUCACGAGACCAGCCACUCUCUCCCACUCCCUCGCGGCCACCUGGUCCAGAGAGAGAUACUGAAGAGGUGUGGGGCCAGUGGUGGAGUGGAGUUUCAGCUGUGGAGGAGGUUCUACUAUCCCAACAUCAGGGACCAGCUCAUUGCCAAGGCAAGUCUGGCAGUGGCCAAACUGUGUGCCCUAGUGAGUAUGCAGAGGAUCAGUGGUCCCACCGUCCAGUCAUUCUCACUACCAAUGACUCUGGUGGACAAGGAAAUACAGUGUGGCUCAGGAGGUAUUCUGGAGGUGACCCUGCAGUACCAGGUCCAGGGAGGAGAGAGACUCCACCAGCCAGUGGCGGUCUCUGGCGAGAGAGAGAGGACCCACGUCUCUCUCAGGGUGGAGGUGGUGCGAGCAACUGGUCUCAGAGAUGCUGCCUCUCUGGUGGCUCAGGAGCAGCCAGUUCCACUGGGGUUUGCUGCCGAGGUGGGCACCAACUGCUACGCCAAGAUCUCUCUCCCGGGCCUCAUAGAGAAGGAAGGGAGGUGCACAAAGACAGUGAUGCGGUCGUUUUCUCCCGAAUUUUCCCACACCCUCGAGUUUGCUCUCCCGCUGGUCUCUCGUGAGACCGUCUCUCCGUCACACGUGGCGAGUGUCCCGCUGGCCCAGAGGCUGGGGCAGAGCAGUGGUGUGGUGGAGGUGUGGCACAAAGUCCCCAGGACCCACUCUGGACCUGUCCCCACUGCCCCGAGAGCCGUGUUUGGUCGGAGUCUGGCCCCCGUCUUCAGGGACGUGUGUCUCGCUCAGACAGUGGUGCCUCUCGUCUCACUUCUGGAAAGGCAGACAGGAGUGAGUGGAUGGUUCCCGCUGUACUCACCGGCACCGAAAUCCAAUGCCACGCCUCCUCCCGAGGAGCUCCCACCCGAUACCGGUGCUCCGUGUCACGUCGGUGGAAUCGAGGUCUCCUUUUCCUUCUCCGGCGACGAGGACAGAGAACUGGUCCUGUCUCGAGGUGUAGAGAUGGGCUGGGUGCCACCACAGGGUAGCAGAAUGAGUCUGGAAGGUGGUCUACCAGUAAGAGAGAGGAGCGAGAUGGAGGAGGCGGACAUAAAGGACUCAAAGACUUGUUGGAAGUUCUCGGUGAAGGUCACGGAACUGUGUGUUCCGAUGGAGGCAGUCACUAUAGACAUGUCAGAGGACCCUGCCCCCUACAUGUACUGCUUCCUGAGGUACCGGUUCUUUGAUUCAGAGGUGGUGGUGUCUGUUCCGAGAGCUCUGAGCUACUCCAGAGACGGCAGAGGUUGUUACCAGCUGAACCACCACUCCACUGUGACAGUCUCCGGCUCACAUGAUCUGGAAUGGUAUGUCAGUGAGGAGAGUCUGGAGGUGGAGGUGUGGAGCUCCCCCAGCAAACACCACCACCACCACCAGAAAGAACGUCACCAUCACAGGAGAUCAGACCACAACCACCAGAGGAGGAGAGGAGGGAGAGAAGGGGAGACUGCCGAGUCAGAAGACACUCUCCUGGGAACUGCAUUCCUCUCUCUACGAGGACUCCUAUCCAGCGACUCUGUCAGUGGAAGUUGUCCAAUGUUCAAGGCGGGAGAAGACAGUCUGAGUGGUCAGAGGGUGACUGUUGAGGAUGUGUGUGAUGACAGUGGAGGUUGUGAGGUUGACUUUGUCCCUCUCGAGCCAGUCAGCGAGGGGGAGGAGGAGGAGGAGGAGGAGGAGAGGGGCAAAGAAGGAGUAGAGAAAGAAGAUGAGAAGUUUGAAGACAUGUUUGAAGCUCGGUUGGUGAUACACGAGGCCCUCCACCUCCCCAUGAUGACUGACAAGACUCAGGAGAGGGAGUGGGCUCCGAAUGCAUAUGUGAGCCUCCACCCCCACCCCAAGGUGGAGAGGAUAGCCACUGGAGCUGUGCCCAGCUCCCAGACACCUCUCUGGAACCACCACACUCUCACCCACAUCCCCAAUCUCUACCUUGACCCUCACUGUGUGGGUCUGGAGUUGCAAGUGUGGAGUCAAGCAAAUGCCUCUGAUCAAUCACCAGAGGGUCAGCCGGAGGACGUGUACAUUGGAUGUGCUCACGUGGACCUCAGUACGCUGGCCCUGGGUCUCCCCCAGGUGUCUGGCUGGUACAACAUCUCCGACUUUGGUGGACAGAUACAGGGACAGCUGAAGGUGAGUGUAGUGCCGUCUCCAGGAUGGAGUUCUCAGUCAAAGUCGACUCGCUCUCUUCCACCAACUCACUUGGUGCUGUCAGGCCACUCUACCAUUUCAACUCAGCUCUCCAGUGAUCCACUGGUUCAGAACUCCUCCGGUCACCACUCCAUUCAGCCUGCCCCCAGCUUCCUGGAGAAGUCGUCUUCUGUUCUGCUCAGGAAACUGAGAGAUGACCUGAAUGAACUGGACCAGAUCAGCUCUGCUUGGGGAACGCAACAUUGCCUCGAGCAACACUCUCCCUCAGUCGGGCAACUCGGGGACACUCUCAAGGAAUAUGCAGGAGAGGAAAGAGAUGGACACCCUGUUGUUCUAGUUGCUGCAGCUGAGCCUGAAUCAGGCAGUGAGUCUUACAGUACAUUAUCCUCCCCUGGGGAAAGUCCAUCUGAGGUGGCCAGUGGUGAAAUAUCUCAAACGACUUUGGAAAUAUCUGCCUCUCCAUUAACCACUACCUCAGCUCAGGGCACACACCCUACUUCAUCAGCUAAGGACACACUCCCUACUUCAUCAGCUAAGGACACACUCCCUACUUCAUCAGCUCAGGACACACUCCCUACUUCAUCAGCUCAGGACACACUCUAUACUUCACAUGAAGCACACACUAAUACCCGUCAUCAAAUGGUCAGUUCUGUUGGUAACUCUAUGAGUGUAGAAGUUGACGGUACAAUGUCACUGGAGCUCAUCUCAGCUGGGAAUAGUCUGGAGACAAGUGAGACAAAUUCUCCACAGUCUGAUAUCAGUAGCUGCAGUGAUGAAGAUGACACAUUAUCGAUGACCCCACAUGCUGCUCCUGAGGCAAGUCACGGUGGUGAUGAACCCCAGGAAACCACAACUGUUACACCCACUUUGAAUCAACUGUUUUUGGAAAGGACAGAGAAGACAGAGAAUGAAAGAACAGUAGAAAUUCCACCAGUUGAAAGUCCUCGCGCCAACUCUAGUGGUGAAACUGGGUCGCUUGAUGUGGAAAACACUGCCGAACCUCACAGACUGUCUCCUGUUACUGAACCACAGCAACAACCAAUGGCACCAAUUAUAAAACCAAGUGCUGGAGUGCCGGAAGUGGCUCUGCCCAAUUUCUUCAUGCCCCCACUAGAGCUGGAGCGAGCCAUGAGAUCCCUGCGAGCCUCGGCCCUGGCUCGACCACCACCUCGGUCCCUCUUCCACACUCUCUCCACACCACCUCACUUCCAAGAGAGAGACGCUAGUGGCGGCGAUGCCACUUGUGACCCAUCCGCCACUCCUCCCUCACUGAGAACUCCACAAGACGUGGACCAGUUUCUGAGAUCACGGCGUCACCAAGCCUGCACAGCAGGUGGUCAGAAUCAUCGCCAGACUCUCUCUGAUAAGGAUACUCAGAGACUCUCUCGCGUCUUCUCUUCAAAACCACUACAAACUACAAACUAACCAGUAUGACUGGAUCAACGCACACACACAGCUUUUGUGUCUAUCCUCCAUCAUUUAAAAAACUACCACUUUGGCUAAAGCCAGCUCUGGCGCACUAAAACUAAACAAGCGAUAUUCGCUGAAAAUUAUCAUGAAAUUGCCCAUGCUCAUUGCUGCAUAAUUAAUUUUGUUCAACA